UCAACCAGGCCAGAAGCUAUAUAUACAUUCAUAAUAUCCUCUUUUGAUUCAACAGCUUAAUUUGAGUGCAUAAUUAAUAUCGAUCAUAGAUCUCCAAUGUCUCUCUUAAUGCUCCAAAUACCUCUGUUCACUUCUCUCUUGAUCCUGGUUAUUGUUUGGAAGAAAUCCAAAGUCAGAUCAGGCCCUAGGAAGUCUCCACCAGGGCCAUGGAAGCUGCCUAUUAUCGGAAACUUGCAUCAGUUGGCUACUGGUAAUCCACUACCACAUCAUGCAUUGAGAGACUUGGCCAAGAAACAUGGACCUAUUAUGCACCUAAAACUGGGUCAGGUGGAGGCUACUGUAAUUUCUUCCUCCAAAGCUGCAGAAGAGGUCUUGAAGACACAUGAGCUCACUUUUGCUCAGAGGCCUUUGGUUUUGGCUGUAGAAGUCAUGUCCUUUGCUCAAUCAAGCAUUGUGUUUUCUCCUUAUGGUGAUUACUGGAGACAGAUGCGCAAGGUUUGUGUUCUCAAACUCUUCAACACUAAACGUGUACAGUCUUUCAGAUCUAUCAGAGAAGAAGAGGUUUUGAAUUUCAUCGAAUCCAUUCAUUCUUCAUCAUCAAAGGGACUUACUCCCAUCAACUUCAGUGAGAAGAUCUCCAGCUUGACAAAUGGGAUAGUGUCGAGGGCAGCGCUUGGUCAAAAGUGCAAAGAUGAAAAGGAGUUUACUUCAUGGCUCGAGGAAGCUACACAACUAGCUGCAGGCUUUGACAUACCUGACUUGUUUCCUUCUCUCAGGUUUCUUGGUUAUGUUACUGGGACAAUACCUAAGAUGAAGAAGAUGCGAAACAAGCUCGAAAAGAUUCUUGAGAGGAUCAUCAAUGAUCACAAGAUCAAAAAUCAAGGCAAUGAGGUUAACAAGCCGGAGGAAGAUUUUGUUGACGUACUUCUAAAACUUCAGGAGUCCAAGGAGCUUGAAGUAACAACCGAUCAGAUCAAAGAUGUAAUUAUGGAUAUAUUCUCUGCAGGUAGUGAGACUACAGCUACUACCAUCGAAUGGGCAAUGUCGGAGUUGAUGAGAAACCCUAGCGUAAUGAACAAGGCCCAAGCUGAGCUGCGAAAACUCCUCGAAGGAAAGCCAAAAAUUGAAGAAGUAGACGUUCAAAACCUGGAUUACUUAAAAGCAGUUGUGAAAGAAACUCUGAGACUGCACCCUCCAGGCACAUUACUACCAAGAGAAUCAAGAGAAAGUUGCGAAAUCAGCGGAUACGCAAUCCCAGCCAAAACGAAAGUGCUCAUCAACGAGUGGGCAAUUGGAAGAGAUCCGGAGUGUUGGAUUGAUGCAGAGUCGUUUAAGCCAGAGAGGUUCAUGCAUGGUUCUAAAUCAAAUGUUGACUUUAAAGGUUUCGACUUUGAGUUCAUUCCCUUUGGAGCUGGGAGAAGAAUAUGUCCGGGGAUGUCAUUUGGAGUUUCAAUCAUUGAAGUUGCUCUUUCUCAAUUGCUCUACCAUUUUGAUUGGGAGUUGGGGAAUGGGAUUAAACCAGAUGAACUUGACAUGUCCGAGGCCUUCGGGAUAACAUGUAGGAGAAAGCAUGACCUGUACGUGAUUGCUACUCCUCAUCGUUUUCCUGCACUCCAUAAUGCAUGAGACUAUUUGAUCACUGACACUAUAAUAUGUGUACUAUAUAUAUAUGUAUUACGUACGUACUCUCGCCAAAUCAAGUAUCUAAUGACUUUAAUUA